GGGUUAGUUAUAACACACGUUUAACCCAUCUAACAACACAAGUAACAUCCAACAGUAACAUCCAAUAGUAACAUCCAACGGUAACAGUAACAAGAAACACGGGCGCGAUUCAGAUAUCUAUCUAUUAUUGACACCCACACCGCUUUUCCCAAAUCCGAAAUCCAUGAGUUCUUUUCCUGUACCACCACCACCGGCACCGCCAUCGCAGCCAUCACUGCCCUCGCAUCCAUCGCAUCCAUCGCAUCCAUUGCAUCCAUCACAGCCAUCACUGCCAUCGCUGCCAUCGCUUGAUUCGCUGCAGCUGAAUAACAAGGAAUUGGUUCCGUCGUUUGUGCCUCCUCCACCUGCACUACCACCAUCUUCAUCAGUAUCUUCAUCAGUAUCUUCGACGUUGACAGGAUCGACGUUAACGUUCUCAUCGCCACCGCCAUCGACAGUAACAACCUCCGACGGAGGCAGCGCUCCACACCUCGAAGACCCACUCGUCGCACCCCGAGCACAAAAAGUAGAUCCUGAGAUACCAGCUAACAUGGCACGUAAUCUAGACGAAUCACUCCGUGGAGUGUCGUCGCCUGUGCCAGCAUUCAACAAUCCUGGAUACUACAACCCUGGUGGGUUCAACAUCCCAUCGCCUCAACCACCGUCGCAAGGAUCGUUGCCGUAUCCCAAUCCCACACCAAACCCAAACCCGCAUAGAAGCUACUACGGUGGAUACGGUGGAUACGGAGGACCUGUCGAUGCUGGGUACGGCCAACAACAACAACAACAUCCACAAAGGAUGGUUUCACCGUCUCCAACGAUAUCUCAACACAUCACCCACCCACCUUCUUCUUCCUCGUCGUCGUCGUCGUUGACCGCACCACUCCCCACAAUCCCCAGUCUCUCCUCCUCUACCCCAACUCCCACAAGCGAUCCAGCACUCAAAGUCUCCUGGUCCCGAGACGUCCUCUUCCUCAUCGAACGUGCCCACGCACUAGCAAGUGGUACACCCCCAGGCGAACCAAUAUCCGGUCCAGUCCUCAUCACCGACAAACCCCUCCUCGACCUCGCCCACAUCGCCAUCCCCUUCAUCCUCCAAAUCGCUUCCCUCCCACCUUCCCCCUCCAACCCCUACAUCGCCGAAUCAAUCUACCACCGCGCCUCCCUCCUCGCCUCCGGUGCCUUCCCCUCAUACACCCCCAAGAACCCCCGCAGCGCAUUCCGCGACUUCGAAUCCGCCGCACGCGCAGGGUACCCCAAAGCCUGGUUCCGCAUCGGGCGCGACUACGAGGGGUUCGGGGACACCACACACGCGCGGGAGUGUUUCGAGCGCGGUGUCCGCGCCGGCGUCGCAGGGUGUCUCUACCGCCUCGGCAUGGCGCACCUCCUCGGCCAACUCUCUCUCCCCGUGUCACACACAACCGCGCUCCCCCUCCUCCACCGUGCAGCACUCGCGUCUACACUCGACACCCCCCAACCCGCAUACGUCUACGCUCUCCUCCUCCUCGGUGAAUUCACCCAAUCCCAAAUCGAUCCGGGUCUCUUCGCUCAACUGCACCUCCUCCCCGCGGGACUCAUGCACCUCGGACCCAGGGGUCUCCUCCUCGAAGCCCGCACCCACCUCACCACCUCCGCGUACCUCCACUUCUCCCCGGCCCAAUACAAGCUCGGCCACGCAUACGAGUUCGCCACACCCCCAUUCGAAUUCGACGCUCUCCUCAGUGUGGAGUGGUACUCCCGGGCCAGCCAGCAAGGGGAAACCGAAGCAGAUAUGGCUCUAUCCAAAUGGUUCCUCUGCGGUUCCCGUAUCAGUGGUCCAAACAACUCUCCCCCUUCCACAUCCACCUCCCUUGGUGGAUUCGACAAAGACGAACAACUCGCCCUCAUCUUCGCCUCCAAAGCCGCCCACAAAGGUCUCCCCUCUGCCGAAUUCGCCAUGGGGUACUACCACGAAGUCGGUAUCGGGGGUCCCAUCGACCUCGACGAAGCACUCCGGUGGUACGCUCUUGCCCAGAGACACGGGAACACCGACGCCGGGGAGAGGUUGGCGGCGCUGUCGCAGCCGGCGCCACAGGUUCUUUCAAGGGUGGAGCACGAUGAGAUCACGGAGAGUAAACUCGUGAGGAGUCGGACGAGGGCGAAGGAGAGGAGUGAGGCGCAGAAGGUUAGGGAUGGGUAUUUGGCGGGGCAGCCGCAGCCGCAGCCUCAACCACAGACUCAAGGACAAGGGAGGAGAAGAGAUUCUAGACAAGUGGUUGAUCUGAUUCGGAAGAAUACUUUGGGGAGUUAUCAACCACAACCACAACCACAACCACAACAGGCACAUGGAAGAUACCACACCGAGGCGAGUACUCUUCCUCCGAAUCAAGUCGGUAUCACUAUCUCUCGUCCUCCUUCCGCACAUCCCCAACCUCCUCACUCUUAUCAACCCCAAUCCCAACCCCAAUCCCAAAUUCCACCUCCCUACACCCAACCUCCCCUCCCUUCUUCUUCCACCCAAAACCAAAACCCCAUCCCCACUCAAAACCCAACUCUCCGUCCAGGACCCUCUGGACCCUCUGGAAACCAAUCCUACCCCACAGCAAACAGAUACACACUCGUCGAUCCCGGAUCCGGAUCCGUUCCGCGCAGCGAUAGGGGUGAUAGUCGAUCUCCGUCCAACAGGGGUGACAGAGGUGAUAGAAACGACAGAGGUGAUAGAAACGACAGAGGUGAUACCCGGUCUCCAUCCACCGGACCCGGUGGACCUGGUAGCAGACCCCCUCCCAGACGAGGUCCAAGUGGCGGGAUCGUCGUUUCGGGUGGUGUUUCCACUUCCUCUCCCUACAACACCUCCAGUAAACCCUCCAACCCCUCCAACCCCAAUUCCUCCAGUGGUAACAGUGGUAACAAUACCACAGGAACCCCUACAGGAGCACCACCCCCUGCAGCUGCGGCUGCGGUAUCCCCACCUCGACCCACCGGCCCCCAAACAUUCGCAGAGAUGGGGAUAUCGGGUGCGAAAGCUGAGGAUGAGAAGUGUGUUGUUAUGUAGGUUAUGGGUGUGUAGGUAGGGUGCUUAAGAAGGUGGGAAGGAGGAGAGAAAGGGGGGUAGGGAAGGAGGAGAGGGAGGAGUGAGAGGAGGUAGGGAAGGUGGGAAGGAGGAGAGAGAGGGGAGGGAGAGAGGAAGGAGGUAGGGUUAUAUCCGGACCAAUUCAUAAUAACAAUCUCUGUCUUGCUGUACCUGUCGAGGGUGUUUUUGAACUUUCGAACUUUUGAACUUUUGAACUUUUGAACUUUUGAAC